CUGGUCUAUGUUGCUGAGCGGUGGUGGAGCGGUGUUGCUGAGUUUGAGAUAAUAAGUCCUAGUCCAUGUGAAAACUUUUGAUUUUCUUUAAAUAAAAUCCUAUAAUGCCGACUCCGGAUAAGAUACUAAUGCGAAAAAUAAAGAAACGUGAAAAAAAGAAAUUAAAACUUAUUUCACAAAAAGCAAAAGGCGUAACUAAUAAUGACACAGGAACUGAAGAGAGUGAAGUUUCUGAAAAAGAAGUAAAGAAAAGACCACUAGAAGAACAACAAACAAAUUAUGUUACAUUGCCAAAAAAAAAGAAAAAAAAGCAAGAUGUCACUAAAGUAGAGGUGGAAGAAAUAAAAGAUGAGCCUGCUUCAGAAGAAUCAGAUCAAGAACAGACUAAGGACAACAAUGAAGAUGAGGUUAAAACAAAAGAGGAAAGUCAGUUACCUGGCUCAAGUUUAUGCCUAGGAAUCUUAUCAGAUCAGAAGUUCUCUUGCUUGGAAGGCAAAGUGUGUGAGGCAACUCUUAUGGGCAUCAAGGAUAUGGGUUUCACUACCAUGACAGAGAUACAGGCUAAAGCUAUCCCCCCUUUGUUGGAAGGGAGAGAUCUUGUCGGAGCCGCGAGAACUGGGUCUGGGAAGACUCUAGCCUUUCUUAUACCUGCUAUUGAUCUUAUAUACAAAUUGAAGUUCAAACCAAGGAAUGGUACUGGUGUCAUAAUUUUGUCACCGACUCGUGAGUUGUCAAUGCAAACGUUUGGUGUGCUCAUGGAAUUGAUGAAGUAUCAUCACCAUACGUAUGGGUUGGUUAUGGGUGGAGCAAACAGGAGUACAGAGGCACAGAAACUUUCGAAAGGAAUUAACAUUUUAGUAGCUACACCAGGUAGAUUGCUAGACCACCUGCAGAAUACACCAGAUUUCUUGUACAAAAACCUGCAAUGUCUUGUAAUUGAUGAGGCAGACAGAAUACUGGAAAUUGGUUUCGAAGAAGAAGUCAAACAGAUUAUAAGACUUUUACCAAAACGACGUCAAACUAUGCUCUUCAGUGCAACACAGACAAAAAAGACGGAAGCGUUGACAGCUUUGGCGGUCAAGCACGAACCUGUUUAUGUCGGCGUCGAUGACCAUAGAGAACAGGCCACAGUGGACUCGUUGGAACAAGGAUACAUUGUGUGCCCAUCAGACAAACGCAUGAUGGUGCUGUUCACAUUCCUCAAGAAAAACAGGAAAAAGAAGGUGAUGGUGUUCCUGUCCACCUGCAUGUCUGUCAAGUACCACAACGAGCUGUUCAACUAUAUCGACCUCCCCGUUAUGUCUAUACACGGUAAACAGCAGCAAACAAAACGCACAACCACGUUUUUCCAAUUUUGCAACGCGGAGAGUGGCAUAUUGUUGUGCACCGAUGUAGCAGCUAGAGGGCUCGACAUUCCGGCCGUGGAUUGGAUCGUACAGUAUGAUCCACCGGAUGAUCCAAAGGAAUACAUACACCGAGUGGGCAGAACAGCGAGAGGUCUGGGCACGAGCGGGCAUGCGUUGUUGUUCUUACGCCCGGAGGAGAUAGGGUUCCUCCGAUAUUUGAAGCAGUCUAAAGUGACCCUCAACGAAUUCGAGUUCUCUUGGAAUAAAGUCUCUGACAUACAAUUACAGCUUGAGAAACUGAUAUCAAGAAACUACUUCCUCAACCAGUCUGCAAAGGAAGCGUUCAAGAGUUACAUCAGGGCUUACGACUCGCACCAUCUCAAAACGAUAUUCGAUAUCGACACGAUAGACUUAGCGAAAGUCGCUAAAUCGUUUGGUUUCACCGUCCCACCGGCCAUUGAACUCAAGGUUGCGAACAAAGGACCACCGCAAAAGAGGAAAGGAGGUGGUGGUUUUGGUUAUUUCAAGUCGCUUAACGCCCCACAUCAUAAGAAAAAUGAAAAAACUAAGGUUUACAGACAAAAGGGCAACAAUAAAAGAUCUGUAAGCUAGAAUUGUGUUAUUUUUGUAAUACGUUAAAUUUAAAGGAAAAUCUAUUAAACUAAAUAUUGCAGAAAGCCAUUAAAGCUGGAUGUAUUGAGAUUUGAGACAAACUGCAUGAAGGCAUAUUUCAGUACUGGAAUAUUCGAUCAGCACAUUGUAUGUACAUAUGUUUUUCUUGAAUGACUUAUUAAAUAUGUUUCAAACAAAAUAUUGUACUUGUGUAUGUAUAAUUUAAUAAAAACAUUGUUGGUUUUAAAUAAAACACGUAAAUUAAACAA